AUGGAACCAUCAAGCUCAACAAAAGGCUUCUUCCAACACCAACCCUCACUCCCGCCCCAAUACCUCGAAGACCGCGCUCUCAACCGCAUCAUCUCCUUCUAUCUCCCCACACCAACGCCGUCUUCAAUUUCCAACGAGUUGCCACAAUUCUCGGAGUUCGUCCUCUCCAAACCCGUUCUAGGGUACAUCGCCGACUCGGAGAAACACCCGCCAUACUUAAAACCGUUAACUUCCUUCGGGGAGGAGAAUAGAGAUGACCCUUUAGUUACAAGCGAGGGAUGGAGACGGUUACAAGAGAUCGGUAUCGCGGAGGGUAUUGUGGCGCUUGCAUACGAGAGAAGUGAAAGAUGGAAUCCGAGGAUUCAUCAGUUUGUGAAGUAUCAUAUUUGGAGCGGGAGUUCGGGGAUAGUUACUUGUCCUAGUGCGAUGACUGAUGGCGCCGCGAAGCUGCUGGGCAAGCAUCUAGAUGAUGACUCCGAGACGAAGGAGGUGUUUAAGAGUGCGAGGGAGAGAUUGAUUAGUCGCGAGAAUGGCUUCGCGUGGACGAGCGGGCAAUGGAUGACAGAACGCAAAGGAGGAAGCGACGUGCGAGGCACAGAGACCAUCGCCGUCAAAUUGAGCGAUGUACAAUCCCGCGACGGUGGACUAGAUGCAAAUGGCCAACCCCUCGGCCCCUGGAGGGUUGAUGGCUUCAAAUGGUUCUCCUCCGCAACAGAUGCGAACAUGACCAUCCUCCUCGCCAAGACAGGCGACAAUCAAAUCAGCGCUUUUUACGCCCCAUUGCGCCGACGAGUCGCCAACGCAGCAAACGGUAAAACCGAACUGAACGGCAUAAAGAUCCAACGCCUCAAAAAUAAACUCGGCACAAAGGCUCUACCCACCGCCGAAAUCGAGAUAAAAGGCAUGCGCGCCUAUCUGAUUGGCAAACAAGGUCAAGGCGUGAAGGAGAUAUCACACGUCCUAAACAUAACGCGCAUGCAAAACAUAGUCUCUUCAGUGGGCGCGUGGGGUCGAGGACUAGCAAUCAGUCGUGCAUUCGCGAGGGUCAGGAACGUCGGCGGAAAGCUCCUAUGCGACGUCCCAGCGCAUGUUCGGGGAUUGGCGCAGGAACAUGUCAAGUACACGGCGCAUAUGCAUUUGUCGUUUUUCAUUGCUGCGUUGCUUGGUCGAUCCGAAGGAUCAAAUGAUACCUCAUCAGCAGCAUCGAGUAUUAUACCUCAGGAUAUAAACCGUAUAAAUGCACUCUACCGCCUCCUGACCCCCAUCGCCAAAGCCCAAACAGCCCUCAGCGCCAUAAACGGCUUAAGAGCAUGCAUGGAAUCUUUGGGAGGAGUUGGAUAUCUCGAAAACGAGGAUCCGGAACUAAACAUUGCGCGACUGUUUCGGGAUACAAAUGUGCUCGCCAUCUGGGAAGGGACGACGGAUAUUAUGGCCGAUGAUUUUAUGCGUGUUGUAAAGAGGGGGAAGGAUGGAGCCAAAGUAUUAGAGUACUUUGAGGAAUGGCUUGGCGAGUCGUUUCGUGUUGCGGGAUCGGCUGGGUUGACGGAUGAAGCUGGUAAGUUGAGGACGGUGGCGGAACAAACACUCAAAGAUUUGGGGUCAAAGGAUAAGGAGGAAUUGGCGUGGCGAGGGAGGGAUUAUCUCAGGGAUAUUGAUUGGUUGGUUUGUGGGUGUUUGUUGAUUCAUGAUGCGGUUAGGGAUGGGGAUGUGGUUGCGAGAGAGGUCAUGUUGAGGUGGAUUCAUAAUACAGAAGAUUCUUCUCGAAAUUGGAGGGAGGAUAGUGUCUGGGAUCGGAAGAUUGUCUUUGGUGAAGAAGUGCUGUCGGCUAAAUUGUGA